AUGCACGAAAACGCAACAACAACAACAACUCAAGUCCCCGUGGGUCUGCUCACCUGCCAACACACCCCCUAUCUCCGUCAAUUCAACACCACCGUCCUCUCCUGCUCCAAAAAGCCAAACAAACAAAAGCUCUACGAAGUCCAACUUCAAGACACCAUCUUGUUCCCAGAGGGAGGCGGACAGCCUUGCGACUAUGGCACAAUCAACGAGAGCAUCGAGGUCAAGAAUGUGCUGCGUGUAGGAACAAGCCAUGUCCACCAUACCACCGCCCCUGUUGAGGAGGGUAUUGAGGCCCGUUUGGAGGUUGACUGGAAGCGUAGGUUUGACCAUAUGCAGCAGCACAGCGGACAGCACCUUGUCAGUGCUCUCUUUGAGCAGCCCGAGUAUGGCUGCGACACCCUCGCCUGGGGUAUGAACGCGACUCGCUGCCAUGUCGAACUGUCCAAGGCACCCACCCCAGAGCAAGUCCAGGAGGUCGAGGACCGUUUGAACCUCUACAUCCGUCGCAACUACCCCGUUCACGUCACCUUCACUGAAGAGCGCCCCGCCACCCUCCCCAAAGAUUAUGUGGGACCAAACGGAGUGUUCAGGGUGAUCGAGAUCAUGCAAGACUUGGACGUCAUUGCAGCAGAAGAAGAUCCCGUCAACCAUGCCCACAAGGAGAAGCGCGGACUCGUCAGACUGGACUACAACCCAUGCUGCGGAACCCACGUCAAAUCUCUCAAGGAUCUUCAAUGCAUCAAGCUUCUCCACCAGGAAAAGAUCCGUGGCAACAACUCCCGUCUCUACUUUGCGGUCGGUCAACGUGCUCUGGACUUGCUUCAGGAGACUUACCAAGUCACCAAGGACCUCGCAUCCGUCUUGUCGGCCCCCGGCGGACCCGAGACCUAUGUCGAUACUAUCGUCAAGAACCAGAAGGCUGCCCGUGAGACCGUCAAGCAGGCCAAGAACUUGCUCAAGGAGAUUGCUGCUUACCAGGUUCGCGACUGGAUUUCUGAGUUGAAGGACAAGAACCCCAUCACCACCCAGGAGGACGGGAAAUCAAACUCUGCACCUUACCUGGUCAAGUACCACCGCGACGAUGUGGACAUGGACUUUUUGGGCGUCAUUACAGCACUGCUCAAGGACAACGAUCUGAUUCAAGGACAGCGCAUCUUUAUUUUGUCGGCCGGCGAGAAGAAGGAUGGAGGGCCCAUGAUUAUUAUUGGACAGAGCGACGACGCCGUCAAGAAGAUUGGGGCAGAGGUUUCCAAGUUGAUUGAUAUUAAGGGAGGCGGUAAGGGUAGAUGGCAGGGCAAGGCCAAGUCCUGGCAGGGACUUGACUCUGCUUGGCUUGCUGCUGAGGCCCUUCUCCAUGCCGAGUCUGCUUAG